AUGCUAGCGGCCAAGAAACGAUCAGCCAAAUUGCUUUCAUUUGAUGCAUUUGCAAAGACAGAAGAAGAAGUUCGAGUUAGAACGAACACAGGUGGUAUAAUAACCCUAUCAUGUAUUAUAGUGACAUUAUAUCUAUUACUAAAUGAGUGGUCCCAAUUUAAUUCAGUUAUUACCUCGCCACAAUUAGUGGUUGAUAGAGAUAGAAACUUAAAGUUGGAACUGAAUUUUGAUGUUACCUUUCCCUCCAUCUCGUGUGAUUUAAUAAAUCUGGAUAUCAUGGAUGAUUCAGGGGAAUUACAAUUGGAUUUACUAGAUUCUGCAUUUACUAAGAUAAGAGUGGAUGCUGAUGGUAAUGAGCUCGGGUCAUCUACUUUGGAAGUUGGUACAGAUGAUUUAGCAAGUGAAGUUCAACAAAGAAAUAAUGAUCCUGAUUAUUGUGGGUCGUGCUAUGGCUCCAAAGUUCAAGAUGAGAAUGAUAAAUUACCACGAGAAUCUCGUGUAUGUUGUCAAACUUGUAACGAUGUUAGAGAGGCAUACUUAAACAUAGGUUGGGGUUUCUUUGAUGGGAAAGGAAUUGAACAAUGUGAAAAGGAAGGUUAUGUAGCCAAGAUCAAUGAACAUCUGAAAGAAGGAUGUAGAGUUAAGGGACAAACACUAUUGAGUCGAAUUCAGGGGAACAUACAUUUCGCACCAGGGAAAUCAUACACUAGUUAUAAAAGAUCGACGUCGGCAAGUCAUUAUCAUGAUACUUCUCUAUACGACAAAACCAGUAAUUUGAAUUUUAACCAUAAAAUCAACCAUUUAAGUUUUGGGAAGCCAAUCGAUAAGUUGGAUGAGAAAGUUCAGGAUCACUCAACAGAAUUUUCCAUUAGCCCAUUGGAUGGACGAGAAGUAAUUCCAACAGACAUUGAUACACAUUAUCAUGUUUACUCAUAUUACGCCAAAAUUGUUCCAACAAGAUAUGAGUUUUUAAACAAAAAGGAGAAGUCGAUCGAGACUGCUCAAUUUAGUACAACAUUCCAUUCAAGGCCGUUAAGAGGUGGUAGAGACGCAGAUCAUCCUACAACGAUGCAUUCUCAAGGGGGUAUUCCUGGUCUCUUUAUAUAUUUCGAGAUGUCAGCCGUCAAAGUCAUCAAUAAGGAACAUCAUUUCAGAAGCUGGUCUAGUUUCUUACUUAACUGCAUUACAACAGUCGGAAGUGUUCUGGCUGUUGGAACCGUCUCUGAUAAAAUAUUCUACAGGGCGCAAAAGUCCUUACAAGGGAAGAAGAAUCAAUGA